UUUUGGUUGUCGUUUCUCCGUACUCUGUUCGGCUAUAACGGUUGUGCGCUGUGUCGCUGUUUUAGCCAAUUUAGGGUCAGUUAGCCCGUGGAUCGUGUGACGAGUGCAUUGCGAAAAUGCCACCUGCCCAGACCAUCUUCAUUGCCGCCUGUACGCUUCUGACCGUGCUGGCCCCGACAGCCCGAUCCAUACCGAUUGAGCCCAAAAUUGGCGAUGUGGCCACGGAGCUCAUUAUCCUGCACAACAAUGAUAUGCACGCCCGGUUCGAGCAGACGAACGUGAACAGCGGCACUUGCUCCCAGGAGGAUGCCAAUACGGACAAGUGCUAUGGAGGAUUCGCCCGUGUGGCCUAUGAGGUUCGCAAGUACCGCAAAGAAGCUGAGAACGGUGGACCUGCCGUCCUUUAUCUGAAUGCUGGCGACACCUACACGGGAACUGCCUGGUUCACCAUCUUCAAGGAUGCGAUUGCCAGCGCUUUCCUCAACAAACUGCAGCCCGAUGCUAUCUCGCUGGGUAACCACGAAUUCGAUCAGAAUGUCGUGGGUCUGGUGCCGUUCCUGAAUGCCGUGGAGUUUCCCGUGCUGGCCUGCAACCUCAACCUGACCAAUGAGCCAGACUUGGCUGCCACCAAGCAGUUGGCCAACUCCACGAUCCUCGAGGCAAACGGAACUAGAAUCGGUGUGAUUGGCUACCUCACGCCGGACACCAAAAUUCUGUCCUUCAAGAACAACGUGGAAUACGUAGAUGAGAUAGUGGCCAUUAAUGCUGAGGCAGCGAGGCUUAAGGCGGACGGCAUCAAGAUCAUCAUUGCCUUGGGCCAUUCGGGCUACCUUAGGGACCAGGAGAUAGCUAGGAACUGCCCGGAGGUGGAUAUUGUUAUUGGCGGACACUCGCACUCCUUCCUUGACUCCAGCCAGCCCGUGGCUGAUCCCACGGACUCUAAUCAGGAGGCCGUGCGUGGCCCCUACCCUACCACAGUGCUGCAGGAUAACGGCAAGAAGGUGCCUGUGGUGCAGGCCUAUGCCUACACCAAAUAUCUGGGCAAGAUCCAUGUGCAGUUCGAUGCGGAGGGAAAUCUGAUUGAGUUCGAUGGGGCGCCCAUACUGCUGAAUGCCUCGGUGGCUCAGGAACAGGAUCUGCUGGACCUGCUGGAGGUGUACCGACCCAACGUGACUGCUAUGGAGAACUCUAUUGUUGGCUACACCAAGGUGUAUCUGGAGGGCGGCGGCGUCUGUCGGAUGAGGGAGUGCAACUUGGGCAAUCUGAUCACCGAUGCCAUGAUUUUCGCGCGCGUCUUGGAGGAUCAGGGCGGCGAAUACUGGACAGAUGCACCCAUUGCCCUGAUGCAGGGAGGAGGUAUUCGAGCACCGAUUGAAAAGGAUGCGGACGGAAAUAUUACGGGUAGCGAUCUUCUUGCCGUCCUGCCCUUCCAGAACGAUCUCUUCGUCACCAGGAUCCAGGGUAAGACCUUGCUGACGGCUCUGGAGCACUCGGCUACUGUGAGGACCUACGAUUCAAACGGCGGCUUCCUGCAGAUGUCGGGCCUUCAGGUGGAGUACAACUAUGACAAUGAUGAGGGACAGCGCUUGGUCUCCGCGAAAGCGCUCUGCGCCGACUGCAUCGUGCCCUAUUACAGCAGGGUCAACGAGAGUGCCAUCUACUCUGUGAUCGUGUCACAGUUCAUUUUGGAAGGCGGCGACGGCUACAUCCUAGCCGAGGAGAGCGACCCCCUCAUUCGCUUGAAGCGGAACGAUAUAGAGACAGUCAUCGAUUACCUGAAACAGCGGCAAUUCGUCUAUCCCGAGAUCCAGGAUCGCAUAAUCAUCCACGAGAAGAGCGACAACGAUUCGGGGGCCAACGUUGUGGCAUCCAUCGCCCUCAUCCUGAUCUCGUCACUGGCCACAAGAUUCGUUAACUAAAAUCUGUAUAUAGCACGACGAUUCGUUUCCUCACUCCAUAUCGCACAACAAAAUGUGCUGCGAAAAUAUGCAAACGGUUGCCACUAGUUCAAUUUAUAGUCAUUUGGUGACGUAUGCAUGCUCUUUCGCUCUCCUAAUUCUUCUUUUAUGGUUUAACCAAGGCAUAGUAUGUACUAUCUUAGCAUAAUUGCAAAUAAAUGUUGUGCAAAAUCGUUA